AUGAAAAAUAAUCAACGACUUUACGGCGGAGACUUUGAAAAAAGGAAUGAAGUAGUAGUUGCAGAGAGGACAUCUGCAUUGGCUAAGGAUGGUGUGGAGCAUCCGCGUAUUGUCGCGCUAGGCGGCGAUCAUACGAUUGUCCUUCCCAUCUUGCGCGCUCUGUACAAGAUAUACGGGCCCGUGUCCGUCAUCCACUUCGACUCCCACAUGGACACUGGCGCUGUCGAAGGCAGGACCGACCAAGAACGUAUCACCCACGGAUCGUAUUUCACCAUCGCUUAUGAAGAACAUCUGAUGACCAACACCAGUAUACAUGGAGGUAUCAGAAGCAAGAUGCGCGGUCCAACACAAGUCACCCACGAUGAGUCUGUGGGCUUCCAGGUAAUCAGCGCGGAAGAUAUCGAUGACUAUGGCAUCAAGAACGUGAUAAAGGCCAUUCGAAGGCGUGUAGGCAAUGGUCCUGUAUACUUGAGUCUCGACAUCGACGUCGUAGAUCCUGGGUUUGCACCAGCCACUGGAACGCCGGAAGCCGGCGGAUGGACCACACGCGAAAUGAAGCAGAUUAUCCGUGGCUUGGCAGGGCUAAACAUUAUUGGCGCUGACAUCGUCGAAGUUGCCCCAGCAUACGACCAUGCGGAUAUCACUGGUAUCGCAGCAGCCGAUCUAGUGCAUGAUUUUCUGGUGGCGAUGCAGAUUGAUGCACCACCAAAAGCAGGCCAUAAGGGGUCUCCGUGGACGGUCGAAGAUCUUCUGUAUUACGUAGACUAG